AUGCGUGAAGCAUUCCCCGCCGUCCACAGCCCCUACUAUGAGGGCGCAGUCCAGGAGACGUCCUCGCGCGUGUCAUUUGACACGAUAGACCCGUCGAAUGGCUCGGUUCUCGCGUCCAUCGAGGUUGCCUCCAGCCACGAUUUGGAAGCAGCCGUAGAAUCCGCUCGCAGAGCGUUUCCCGUCUGGUCAAAGACCCCUCCGUCUGCUCGUGCCAAGGUGCUUCUGAAAGCUGCCGAAAUAUUACGGCGACGCAACGAUGAGAUUGCCCGCAUGGAAACUCUCGACACUGGCAAGCCAUUUUCGGAGACCAGUACUGUGGACGUUGUCACCGGAGCAGAUGUGCUAGAAUACUAUGCAGGGUUGAUUAGCGGAGGUGGUUUGAACGGUGAGACAAUACCGCUCAGACAGGAUGCAUGGGUAUACACGAAGAAAGAGCCCCUGGGUGUCUGUGUUGGCAUUGGAGCAUGGAAUUAUCCCAUUCAAAUUGCACUUUGGAAAUCGGCCCCUUGUCUGGCGGCAGGAAACACCAUGGUUUAUAAACCUAGCGAAUUCACACCGCUUCAUGGGAUUGUCCUCGCGCAAAUAUACACGGAAGCCGGCUUACCGCCAGGCGUGUUCAAUGUCGUCCAUGGUGCUGGCGAUGUGGGUGCAGCUCUGGUGAACCACCCCGCCAUUGCCAAGGUAUCGUUUACAGGCCAGGUUGCGACUGGGCAAAAGGUUGCCAGAGCUGCAGGUGGAGGAAUGAAAUAUGCCACUAUGGAACUAGGUGGGAAGAGUCCCUUAAUCAUUCUUCCCGACGCGAAUUUAGAAGACGCCGUCGACGGUGCCAUGCUUGCCAAUUUCUUUAGUACAGGGCAAGUUUGUACCAAUGGAACCAGGGUCUUCGUACCAGCGGCCCUGAAAACAGACUUCGAAACACUGCUUCUUAAGAAGAUGGAGUACAUUCGUCCCGGUCCAACAAUGGAUCCUAACAUCAAUUUUGGCCCGCUGUCUUCAAGUGCGCAUCAUAGGAAAGUGCUUCAAUAUAUUCAGCAUGGCAUUGAGCAGGACAACGCCACUUUACUCUGUGGAGGCCUCAACCCGCCAGCUAAUCUUGACCCGUCGCUCCAAAAGGGCUUCUGGGUCUCUCCCACCGUCUUUACCAACUGCACUGAUUCUAUGAAGAUUGUGAAGGAAGAAAUCUUCGGCCCCGUCAUGUCUAUUCUCUCCUACGAUACCGUUGACGAAGUGGUCGCCCGUGCAAAUAGCACUGUGCUGGGACUGGCUGCAGGGGUAUUCACACGAGACAUCAACCUGGCGCAUUCGAUCAUCGACCGAUUGGAUGCUGGGAUUACGUGGAUCAAUUCCUGGGGAGAGUCUCCGGCUGAGAUGCCUGUGGGCGGGUGGAAGAUGAGCGGCAUGGGCGUUGAGAAUGGUCGGAGAGGGAUUGAGGCAUGGGUAAGAAAUAAGAGCACGCUGGUCGAUAUGAGUGGAAAGGUGGCUACAGUAUUUACGAAGUUAUGA